CCGAGCACAGAAACAAGAGAGGUGCGUGACGCGCAGUACAGAGAGAGGAAUAAGAAAUGCUAAAUUCGAUUCAAGCAGUCAAUGAUCUAUAGGAUAUUGACAUUUUGUAACCUUGGGUGAUAUUUUUAGACUGACUUUUACCGGCGCCGUGCUGCUCAUUGUAAGCACAAAUCCCGUAUCCCUCACUUCAUACUAGUGAGAGCAGCGGAUAGCUGGCUGUGUGUGAGCUGAGUUGAGUCUCCGGGAAGGAAUUGGCAGCGGGUGCGUGCCUUUGCGCGGAGCGGAGAGGUGCUGAGCUACAAGGUUGCCCGGACCGGCUCCGGCGUACUACAGGCUACUGAUUGACUGGGGAAAUAAUUGGGAAUUGACUUCCUCCCUUGUCAGCUGUGGAGACCUGUCCUUUCCUGUGGUGGUUUUGAGGUUUACGGAUUUGGAAGGAGGUGUGGAGACUUUGACAGAGAAAAAGAGAGGGGAAACUGUCAGCCUGCCGAAAGCUGCUUCGCUUCGAUAUUGGAUACAUAUGGGGUUGUGAGUGAGUCUACGAGACGCAGCACCGACGGAUUACCUCUUGCCUGGUCAUCGUUUCCAAGGUGUUGAAACGGGAGUGGUGCUGGUGCCGGGGAUUUUUACUUCUUCUUUUACUGGCUCCGACUACUUGUGUGGAGGAAAUGGCAACGCCAGCGUUUAAGAGAGGAACCCAACUGGAAGAGAGAGGAAACCGGACCUGAAUGACAGGAUACAGCAGCGGACCUGAGACAUAUCCAGACACAUUUCAACUGCUUUAGUCAAGACACUUCUGCUUUAUUUGUUUUCUUUCGGCCCAAGCUUGAAAAUAAGGAAGAAUAACAGGACCUGAAAAACCUUGGGAGGAGUUUUAUUUAGUUUUUACUCAUUUUAUUUUGUUUCUAACAAAACAAGGAUGCAUUGUGGAUUAGUGCUGUUCCUCUUAAUGGGAAUCUUCUUCGUCGCUAAGGCUUUCAAAAAUGACAAGUGUGGGGACAACAUCAGAAUAACGAAUGCGAAUUACCUCACCUCACCUGGCUAUCCGGCAUCAUAUUUGCCAUCUCAGAAAUGCGUUUGGGUGAUAACAGCGCCUGGACCUCACCAGAGAAUUCUAAUCAACUUUAACCCGCAUUUUGAUCUCGAGGACAGAGAGUGCAAGUAUGACUAUGUGGAGGUGCGUGAUGGCGUGGAUGAGAAUGGUCAGCUGGUGGGGAAGUACUGUGGGAAGAUCGCCCCGUCACCCGUGGUGUCUUCUGGGAACCAGCUCUACAUCAAGUUUGUGUCCGACUACGAGACCCAUGGAGCAGGCUUCUCCAUCCGCUAUGAGGUCUUCAAAACAGGUCCGGAAUGUUCCAGGAACUUCACAUCUAACAGCGGGGUGAUAAGGUCACCUGGUUUCCCAGAGAAGUAUCCCAACAACCUGGACUGCACCUUCAUGAUCUUCUCCCCCAAGAUGUCCGAGAUCACCCUGGAGUUCGAGAUCUUCGAGCUGGAGCCUGACACUACUCCUCCCACCGGGGUCUUCUGUCGAUACGAUAGGCUAGAGAUCUGGGACGGCUUCCCUGGAGUUGGUCCGUACAUUGGGCGGUACUGUGGUCAGAACACCCCUGGUCGUAUCAUCUCUUACACGGGCAUCCUGGCCCUGAUAAUCAACACAGACAGUGCCAUCGCCAAGGAGGGCUUCUCUGCCAACUUCACCGUGUUGGAACGGACCAUGCCAGAAGACUUUGACUGUACAGAUCCAUUGGGUAUGGAGUCAGGGGAGAUAGCAUCAGAGCAGAUCGUAGCUUCGUCCCAGUACAACCCUGGCUGGUCCCCGGAGCGAGCCAGACUCAACUACUAUGAGAACGCAUGGACACCAGGAGAGGACAACAACAAAGAGUGGAUACAGGUGGACUUGGGUUUCCUCCGGUUCGUGUCAGCCAUCGGAACACAGGGGGCCGUUUCCCAGGAGACCAAGAAGACCUACUGGGUCAAGUCCUACAAGGUGGAUGUCAGCUCUAACGGAGAAGACUGGAUCACACUGAAGGAGGGGUCAAAACAGAAGGUUUUCCAAGGGAACACCAACCCCACUGACGUCGCCAGGACGAUGCUUCCCAAACCCACGCUCACCCGCUUCAUCCGGAUCCGGCCUGUCGCCUGGGAAACAGGCAUCGCUCUGCGCUUCGAGGUGUACGGCUGUAAAAUAUCAGAGUACCCAUGUUCAGGCAUGCUUGGCAUGGUAUCAGGCCUGAUCACUGACGCCCAGAUCACAGCUUCGUCCCACACGGACCGGAGCUGGGUACCCGAGAACGCCCGCCUGCUGACCAGCCGCUCCGGGUGGACCCUGCUGCCCCAGCCCCAGCCUUUCACCUCAGAGUGGCUACAGGUGGACCUGGGGGAGGAGAAGCUGGUACGAGGGCUCAUCAUCCAGGGAGGGAAACACAGAGAGAACAAGGUGUUCAUGAAGAAGUUCAGACUGGGAUACAGUAACAACGGAUCUGAUUGGAAGAUGGUCCAGGAUGCCAACGGCAACAAGCCAAAGAUUUUCGAGGGGAAUCAGAACUAUGAUACACCAGAGCUGAGGACCGUGGAGCCCUUGCUGACCCGAUACAUCAGGGUUUACCCAGAGAGGUCCACCCCUGCUGGGAUGGGCCUGCGACUCGAGCUUCUGGGCUGUGAGAUCGAAGCUCCCACCCCCCCCCCCACCACGCCCGCCCCCACCACCACCCCAUCAGACGACUGUGAUGAUGACCAGGCCAGCUGCCACAGUGGAACAGGUGAUGACUACGAUGUGACAGGUGGAACCACAAUGCCAGAGGCUAUGACAGAGGUGGACACCAUCCCAGCGUUCCUGUGGUUUGCGUGUGACUUUGGCUGGGCCAACGACCCCUCGUUCUGCAGUUGGACCUCAGAGGACAGCAGCUUCAGAUGGCAGAUACAGUCCAGCGGGACGCCCACGCUCAACACUGGACCCAACAUGGACCACACAGGUGGAUCUGGUAAUUUCAUCUACACCCUAGCGACGGGGGCCCAGGAAACGGAGGUUGCUAGGCUGGUCAGUCCGGUGGUGACAGUCGGUCAGUCUGACCUGUGCGUGUCGUUCUGGUAUCACAUGUUUGGCUCGCACAUCGGCACGCUACACAUCAAACAGAGAAAGGAGACAGUGGACGGCAUGGCCGACAUACUUCUGUGGACCGUCAGCGGUCACCAGGGCAACCGCUGGAGAGAGGGACGCGUGCUGGUGCCGCACUCCAGUAAACCCUAUCAGGUGGUGAUUGAAGGGUUGGUGGAGAGGAAGAGUUGGGGUGAUAUCGCUGUGGACGAUAUCAAGAUCCUGGACAAUCUGAACAUGGCUGACUGCAAGGAUCCUGAUGUUCCUACAGAGUCCAUGCUGCCUGAAGACAGAUUCAAUGAAAUCAUGGUGGACAUCACAGAUUUCCCUGAGAUCGUGGAGAGCAAUGAGAUCCUCAACGGUGUCAGUGGUGGGGCAGGUAACAUGCUGAAGACACUGGACCCUAUCCUCAUCACCAUCAUCGCUAUGAGCGCCCUAGGGGUCUUCCUGGGGGCCAUCUGUGGGGUCGUCCUCUACUGUGCCUGCUCACACGGCCACAUGUCCGACAGGAACUUAUCCGCUCUGGAGAACUAUAACUUUGAGCUGGUGGAUGGAGUCAAGCUAAAGAAGGACAAACUCAACUCACAGAACUCAUACACAGAGGCGUGAAUGGGAAGGGGGAGUGAGAUGUGUGUUUGGGGAGUGCAGCGUGCCGUGAGCGUGCACAAGACUGUAGGCAUAGCCAAGACUCAAUAAGUGGCCGGACCUAAAGGGACUGCCGGAGGCCUCUCAUUGGAGGAGGCCCAGGUUCAGGAACCAAUGGGAGGUUGUGUCUGAUCCAUUGCUUUUCUCAGGAGCUGCAGUAACGGGAACCUACCAGUAGGGGACACUGUACAAAAUUAAACACAGGAGAAAAAAUCUGUACAGAUGAUUAGAUGAUUAUUUUAAUUUUUAUAGUUGAUUUUCAUUCAUUUUUACAAUCAGAUGCUGGUUUUGAGACCAAUUUAAUGAUUAUAAUGUUUAAAGUAUUUAUCAUUUUCUGGGAGGAAGAAACCAUUUUGUUAUUAUUAUUUUAAGUCAAAGUUGUUAUUUUUGUGUUGAAAGAGAAGUAUCAAAACCCAAAAUGAACCAUAACUGACAGUGUUGUUGGUCAUACUGCCCCAUGGGUGGAUAGAAGCAGGGUGUGCCCCCUGCCCCCCUGACCCCUGCCCUCUGCCUCUGUCUACAGGUGUGGAUCAGAGGUUAAGGGUAAAGGUCACGCCCCUUGGCAGUAGAUGGUUCUGACAGUGCCUUUAAUACAUCUUAUUUUGUGUUUUUACCUCCCUUACGUUCUGACAACGUUAUGACAACGUUAUGACAAUGAUCUGACAACUAAAGCAGGGGCUUUAAAUUAGCUAAUAAUCAAGUCUGCAAAACAUGAUCCAAUAGAAUCCAUCCAUGGCGCUUUUCUCUCUCUGUCCCAGACAUACAUAAUAUUGUAUAUAAGUUUUAAUAUAUUUUAAUGCCCUUUUUUAAGAAAGUAAAAGGUAAAAAAAAAAGCUGCAGUAUCCCUUUUUCCAAUGGGUUGUGUGUUGUAAAUACAAUCGUUUGACUGUUGUUGUGAAGAGUGAAGUGUUGUGACUUUAUUGUUUAAUUUCGUUGCUCUCCAGAAGAGAGAGCAGACUCUGUGUGCUGUGUGAAGAUAGACCGCUGUUAUGACAAUUCAGUGCACAUUCAAAGAAGACUUGCUUGUUGAAACUGACUGAGCAGUCAAUGUCAUCAACGUUUUCUAGAUGCAAUCCAUUUCAUGACACCAUGGAGGGGACAACGAAGAAGUGAUCAUAAACACAAAUGAAAAAAGACAAACAGUUGUAUUCAUGUUAUUAACUUCUAUACACUAACUAACAUAUGGCAGCCACACACCCCUAUCCUCCUGUCCUCACACAGGGUCUGUCAUCUUUUCUCAUAUCAACAGCAGCAGGAGAGAAAGAUAUGUGGAAUGUCUGUCUGCCAGCAUACCAAAAACAACCAUUGCUUUUGCUUUGCUUUAGCUAUAUGGAGUUGACCAAUGGGUAUGGGGUGGCAGGUAGCCUAGCGGGUUAGAGCGUUGGGACAGUAACCGAAAGGUUGCUUGUUCGAAUCCCUGAGCU